GGAAUUUGACAACGCAAACCGCAUUGUUUUAACAAAUUGAGAAGCUGCGGGGGCUGGGCCCGAGGCUUCCGUCGCAUGAGGGGGCGUUCCGCCUCGGCCUUCAUACUCAGGGGCCAGCGAGGCUGAAGACGGUCUGCACAUAUACAAAACACUCCGAACAAGUACUUCUCCUUGGUUUGAGAUACGCUGGAUUCCUUGAGCUUACGAUCCUCGCGAAAGAAACUCGCUUCUUCUUUCCACUUCUUCCACCCCACCGCAACCAGUGACAUAAGGCCCUGACUGGCGAGCAGGACCUAGAGCGGCAGGAUGUCGUAUGCGUACCUCUUCAAGUACAUUAUUAUUGGCGACACAGGUGUUGGCAAGUCAUGCCUCCUGCUCCAGUUCACCGACAAGCGCUUCCAGCCAGUGCACGACUUGACCAUUGGCGUGGAGUUUGGCGCUCGCAUGAUCAACAUUGACGGGAAACAGAUUAAGCUGCAAAUUUGGGACACGGCUGGGCAAGAGUCGUUCCGUUCAAUCACUCGCUCUUAUUACCGCGGCGCAGCGGGCGCGCUACUUGUGUAUGAUAUCACGCGGCGCGAGACCUUCAACCACCUGGCGAGUUGGCUUGAAGACGCGCGUCAGCACGCCAACCCCAACAUGACCAUUAUGCUCAUCGGCAACAAGUGCGACCUCACGCACCGGCGCGCGGUGACCACGGAGGAGGGCGAGCAGUUCGCCAAGGAGCACGGCCUCAUCUUCCUGGAGACCUCGGCGCGGACGGCCCACAACGUGGAGGAGGCGUUCAUCAACACCGCGAAGGAGAUUUACAAGAAGAUCCAGGACGGCGUGUUCGACGUGUCCAACGAGUCGUACGGUAUCAAGGUGGGCUACGGCGCCGGCAACGCCGGGCCGCAGACGGUCAAGCCCGGCGAGGGCGGUGCCGCCAAGUCCAGCAGCUGCUGCUGAGCGCGUCGGGCACGGGCGUCCGACACGGCGUGUGCUGGUACGGCCGGUCUGCGGUGACGGCUUGCGAGGCGGUGCGGAGGCAGCGCAGCAGCGCUGUUGCACUGUAUUGGCGUGACGUGUGCCCGAGCACCUCCACAAUGUUUUAGUAUGCAAACAGUGAAAGUGGGAGUGCAGGCGGGUCAGCGGCGAGUGCGUGGCAGCUUCAGCAUGGCGUGACAUGCUGGCGGUCUCGUGUAGCUUGAGGCCAGGGCAGAGCGGCAUGGCGGAUCUGCCUUGCAGCUGGGGCUGGCGUUCUGGAUGGAGUGGGGCCAUCCACAUGAUGGCUAGUGCGGAGCGGCUUGCGGUGUGGUCACAAGGCACCUUGCAGCUCGCCAAAAUGAGGGGAUGGGGCGCCCUCGCGGCCCGUCAGCCACUGGGAAGGCCUCUUUUCAGGGGUGGGGACAUCGUGAACCACGUCCUGAUUGCCACUGCUGGUUGUGGGCGUGUUGUCGGCGGGGGAGCUGCGUCACGUGGGUCUGGUGUGCGCAGUCGCAACCAGGUCCCAGCAAGUAGUCAGUACCGCACCGGUACGCAGGGUUUGUGUAUGCGUAGGAGGUGUGUCUGUGUGUGUGUGUGAGUGCAUUGGGCUCAUCUGGCUUGCAGGCUGUUGGCUUGUUGCUGCGUAUCACGGCGAAGGUUGGUUGGGGAACUGGAGGCGGUGGUGACCCAUUAUGAAUAGGUAAUGCAAAGGCCAGAUCCAUAAACAGGGAGCCCCAGAAGGUGCCCGUGUAAUUAGCAUCCUAGAAACCCAGCCCAUCACCCCUGCAGUCAUGCCUGGCGUGAGUGCGAUAGUCCUUGUGGUGGUACGUGCCCUUUGAGGGCCCAGGAUGUGUCUCUGAAAUGCUGGCUUGGUA